CCCAGGCCGAGGAGUAGGAGGAGGGGGCGGCGGGGGUGGGUUAGUGUCGUACGACACGGGUCCUGUACGGAUGGGCCGUGCGGCGUUUGCGGAACCGCAGCAGCAGCAGGCGGAGGCGGCUAGCAGGCACAUGUCGGAUCUGCGCUUGAGCGGCGCCGACAGCCCCCCCGGUGCUGCUGCUGCUGCUGCUGCCCGCGGCGCCCCCGCAGCUGACCUUACGGAGGCGGGUCUAGCGGGGUUGGAGGACCAGAUCCGUGACGCGCUGCGGGCGCGGAGGACGGUGUACGAGGACAGCAAGAGCCUGCUGCUGCGGAUGUUCAAGUCAGUAGACGACGGCAGCGGCGAUGUGAGCUGGGAUGAGUUCUGCGCCAUCUGCGGGCAGCUGGGGGUGUCGUGCGGCCUGUCCGAGGCGCAGCGGCUGUUCGAGCGGUUCGGUUACAAGGAGCGGCUGCCGUACGCCCGGUUCGCUGCCGUACUGCUGACUCAGCCCAGCAGGCAGCUGGCGGAGGAGAUGCCGAUCCGCGCGGGCCCCUUCCGCGACGUGCACGCCGCGCAGUUCCACGGCAAGAUCAAGGACCGCCGCUGCCGCAAGCCGCUCUACACGCCCGCCAACUGGGACCCGCAGCUGGACGCCGCCCGCUCCGCCGAGCUGCCCAACACGCGGUUGGUGCUGCAGUUCGUGUACGGAUACAACGGCAAGGACGCCACCAGUCAGAACCUCUUCUACAACUGCCUGGGUCAGCUGGUGUACUUCGUGGCGGGGGUGGGGGUGGUGUACACGCGGCGGGGAGGACCCACCUCGCCCUCCCUACCCCCGGCCCAUGACGACGGGGCUGGGGGUGGCGGGGGUCACAGCCAGCACUUCUUCCUGGGACACACCGACGACAUCAAGGCGCUGGCGCUGUGCCCCGCGGAGGUGGAUGUGGAGGGACGGAAGUACCCGCCGCGCAGCAUCGUGGCCACCGCGCAGGUGAGCAGUCACGAGGAGGGUCCCUUCAUCUGCGUGUGGGACAGUCGGCUGGGCUCGCAGCAGGGGCAGCCGCAGCUAGCCCGCCUGGCGCACCGCAAGGAGGACCGCGGCUUCUCCGCACUGGGCUUCAGCGCCGACGGGGCGCACCUGGCGGCGGUGGCGAACGACAACGCGCACACGGUGUAUGUGUACGACUGGCGGCGGGGCAGGAUGGAGGGCAGCGGGCGGGGGCAGAUGGGAGACCCGCCGCAGGUGUACGGCAUCGAGUGGAAUCCGCACGCCGGCCGCUACCCCGGUGUGCCCCCCGCCUUCCUCACCUUUGGUAAGAAGCACAUCAAGACCUGGCAGCGCGACGCCACCGGACAGUGGGCGGGCAAGCCGCUGAGCACGGGGCGGCUGGACAUGCAGAACGUGCACAGCGCCGCUUGGUUGCCGCCGCGGGGGGGCGGGGAGGAGUGCCUGGUGGUGGCGGGCAUGGGGGAUGGGCAGCUGUACGUGUUCAAGGGCUCCUCCGCCAUCAAGUCCAUCGCCGCGCACGCCCGCGGCCCGCAGUCCAUCCAGCCGGACGGCCACGUGGCGUACCCCGGAGUGCGGGGCAUGCGGCUGGCGGAGGUGCGGGGAGGAGGAGGAGGCGGAGGAGAGGAGGGGGUGCGGAGGGUGCUGCUGACAGGCGGCGCCGACGGCACCAUCCUGCGUUGGGACGUGAGCGACGGGCAGCUGGUGGAGGGGCGGUUCGCGGGCCGCCCGCUCAGCCUGCGCUCGCCGCUGCCGGACCGGGGUCACUGCGUGCGAUCACUGGACUGGCGGGAGGGGGAGG